CCACGGUGACUUUCCGUACGAGAGUACGAGAAACCGAAACCGUAAAUGUAGCGUUUAAGUGUGCUUUAUUUCUGUUAAACACAAAUUAAACCAACCAUAUAACGUUAAUUCAAAUGGACAAGCAUCGCUCAAUAAGAAAAAGUGAAUCAGACAUCGUUUCCGACAUUACAGGGCAACCUUAUGGCGUCUCUGUUUUGAAAGAGGGCUACUGCACAGCUGAAGCAGACGGCACGUUUAGAGCUGACGGUACUAUUACUUUAAUAACCGGGCCUCAGACUAUUCUAGUAGACACCGGGGGUCCGUGGGACCGAGAAUUUCUUGUCGCAAAACUUAAGGAGAAGGGGCUGACACCAGACUCGGUGGCGGUAGUUGUCGGGACUCAUGGUCACUCUGACCACGUGGGAAACUUGGGGUUGUUUCAAGACGCCAAAAUAAUCGUGGGAUGUGAUAUAAGCGUGGGCGAUCGAUAUCUGCCGAAUCAAUUAGCCGAUGGACAACCAUAUCCUAUUGAUGAUCAUGUGUCAGUCAUCUCCACCCCUGGCCACACAGGCAGAGAUGUCAGUGUUUUGGUAAAGGGCACAUCUCAAGGUACGGUCCUGGUUGCUGGGGACUUGUUUGAACGUUGUCAUGAUGAAGAUUCCUGGAAGGAGUUGAGCGAGAAUCCUCGGAUACAAGAGGCCAACCGACAGACAGCGUUGGAGACAGCUGAUGUCAUCAUUCCUGGACAUGGGCCAUUGUUUAGGGUGCACAGACAAUAGCGGUAUUAGUUAAGGAAAUAAAGAUCAAAUAAAGCUUUGAUGAAACCGUGGCCUAGAAAAAUUUAUGAAUUUAUUUCACCAGUGACGCAGAAACGUUACAGAACUUUGGUCUGCUUGUUAACGAAUUCCGUUCACGUUUCAAAUAUAUGUCUAAAAUGAUGAUGGUUCCUUUUAAGAUAAAGGAAAGUUUGUCACAUGCUUAACUGAAAUAAGAAAUGUUUAGUCUUUUUCAAGAUUACUUACAAAACAUUAUAAAUGUCCCUUCACUUCAUUUGUCACUUUAUUAGUAAAUCAUCUAUAACAUAUAAGCAUGUUCUUAGUGGUUUUAAAUUUUAAAUAUAUCUUUUGAUAAAAUAUGUCUAUAAAUGAAUAUAAUAAAUACUUCAGUUCAGUAAAAAAUAUGGCUGGUGUGUUGUACUACAUUAUUAAAUGGGUAAGUUAACAGACUAAUAUGCAAACUUGUCCUGUGGUGUGAUGGCAAAAU